UGCCCACUAUCUGACCACACAGAGAGGCUUGUGAGUGGAAGAGAGUGCUGACUCUGUGGGGUUUUCUUUCCACUGUUCAUCUUCAAAUCAUGGGAUAAAAGCAGCAGUUUUCAUUAAUCCCAAGGGUUUCUGCUCAGAUUGGACUAUGACUGUGGAGCGCUUCCAUCCCCUCCGGGUAUUAUCGCAGGAAUAGUGUGCGUGCAUGUGCUCAUUGUGUGUUUUCCGUCCAGCAUGAUGCCUGCCUCUGAUAGUCUUGAGUCUAGCAGCAGGAGUGGAUCAUCAUGAGAGGGGGUCACCACCAGCGAGGGUGUGGAUGUCAGCACCUGUUCAGAAAACUGCUCAGCAAAUGUGGCUGCUGCAUUGUUCAAGUUAGAGCAGCAGAGUCUUUCAGCGUGGUGGGCAAUGACGGCAGUAUCCCACCAUCAGCGGGCUCUGUGCCCCAUCAGGCCUCAGGCAGCUCCAGCCCCUGCUCGCACUCCUCGUCUGGAGGAUCACGGCACCCUGUCAGCGCCCUCAAGAAAUGGCUCACCAAUCCUGUCCGCAAACUGAGCUCUGAUGGCAGAGGAGGAGCGGGAAAAGUCGAGAAGCAGAUGUGCAGGUCAGACAGGAGGCAGCCACCAUCGCUGCUUUCCCACAGCGAAACUCAACCGAGGCCUCUGGAACUGCACGCCAACUACACCAUCCUCCCCCCAGGAGACACGAUGUGGAAAGAUGGUCCGUUGAGUCCAGCAUAUCCUCCUGCACAGCUGUCCAGUCAGAACCAUUUAUGUGACCUCCUGCAAGGAAGAGACACACAGAGUCUGAGUCAAAAGUCCAGCAUCAACACUCUACAAGGGGAAGACAGCUACACUGUGACCGAUGACUCAGCCAGCCAGUGGUCUGCUACAGUGGACAGUGAAGAGGAACGAAACACUGCCUUAGAGAAGAGCAUAUAUGUGCUGACAGAGCUGAUAGAGACAGAGCGGUUGUACGUGGAAGAUCUUGGACUCAUAGUGCAGGGCUACAUGGCCACCAUGGCCAAUCAGGGAGUUCCAGAGGACAUGAAAGGGAAGGACAGGAUUGUGUUCGGAAACAUCCACCAGAUCUAUGACUGGCAUAAGGAUUAUUUCCUGGGAGAGCUGGAGAAAUGUGUGGGUGAUCCAGACGGCCUGGCUGAGCUCUUCAUCAAACAUGAGCGACGUCUUCACAUGUACGUGGUUUACUGUCAGAACAAACCCAAAUCAGAGCACAUUGUCUCUGAGUACAUUGAGACCUACUUUGAGGAUCUCCGGCAGCAGCUGGGUCACAGGCUGCAGCUCAACGAUCUGCUCAUCAAACCUGUUCAGAGAAUCAUGAAGUAUCAGCUGCUGCUGAAGGACUUCCUAAAGUACUACAGCAAAGCAGGACGGGAUGUCGAGGAGCUGCAGAAAGCGGUGGAGGUCAUGUGUUUUGUGCCAAAACGCUGUAACGAUAUGAUGAAUGUGGGUCGGCUCCAAGGUUUUGAGGGGAAAAUCACAGCUCAGGGGAAGCUGCUCCAGCAGGACACCUUUGCUGUCAGUGAGCAGGAAGGCGGCAUCCUGUCCAGAGCCAAGGAGAGGCGGGUCUUCCUGUUUGAGCAGCUGGUCAUGUUCAGCGAGCCAAUUGAUAAGAAGAAAGGCUUCUCGCUGCCAGGGUACACUUUCAAAAACAGCAUCAAGGUCAGCUGUUUGGGCGUGGAGGAACACUCAGAGGAAGAUCCAUUCUGUCUGGUCCUGACCUCCCGUGGGCCUGACGGCAGCGUGACGCGCUUCAUCAUGCAGGCAUCAUCUCCGGAAAUAAAGCAGGCUUGGCUCGAUGACGUGGUUCAGAUCUUAGAGACUCAGAGGAACUUCCUUAAUGCUCUUCAGUCUCCAAUAGAGUACCAACGCAGGGAGAGCAACUCAAACAGCCUGGGCAGGAACAUGAAGACUCAAACUGCGUCAGCAUCUGGCCUGCGACCUCACUCCUCUGCAUCCAUGGAGCGACGUCAGCACCCCCGCCUGCUGCCUCACAACACCUCCCUGCCCUCCCUGCACCCGCCACAGCACUGCCCGGCCUUGAAGGUGGUUUCAAAUCCUUGUGCAGCGACACAUCGACCAGCUCACCCCACGCUCUCCUCCAACCAGCAGCUCAGUUCGUCCACAGAGGUGGUGACCGCCAGUGUCCAGGCGACAUCAGUGAAUGAGGCUGGGAGUCAUUCAGCGCAUCCACAAGCCAACCUGGAUCAGCUGAUGGAGGGCGAGCAGUAACGACCUGCGAGGACAAAUGAACUCUCUUUACCCUUCUGGAGGAGGAGUGCCUCGACGGAGUCAGAGCUCUGUGUCAGCGUUGUUUGUUUCAGUCCUGUACAGGAGUCCUCGAGGUCUCACUGUUUCAGUUUAUCGCGCAUUGUCCAAAAUUUCCCUCAGAACAUCACUGUGGUUGGGGCUGAUCUGGAUUUUGUGUAAUCAUACUGGUUUGUUUGUUUACGUGCGUGUGUGUAUACCCGGCACAUGCACGUCUACAGAUGGUGACGACCAGUGAGAUGAAAUAUGUGAAGAUCUGGUUUUGAAGCACCUCGGACACUGUACUUUAUUUUUUAUAUGUAUACGUUUCUUACUUUUUCCAUUCAAAAUUCCUUGAUGGAUAUUUUUGUAAUGCAUAAUUUCAUAAGGGACCAGUUCCACUUCAUUCCCCGAGAACUCUGAGUUCAAAUCCCUUCAUGCAGUCAUACUGUGUCCUCAAAUAACUGCAGUGACUGUCGACUCCAGCCUCACUGUGGGAUCUGAAUCCAUACAAGUUGUGUUCGUCUGUGCGUUCCCUGCACAUUUCUUUUUCCCCUCUGGUGGGCUAUUUUAACCCUGCCAUUGUUAAAAUGUUAUCUGAGCUAAACACAUUUGCAAACUCACUCAAAGACGGCGUCCCGAUGGAGCAGAGAGAGGAAAAAGGGAACAAAGAUUAAAUAGAGGUGCUCAUCUGUCACUGUCAUAUUGAAUGUAAAUAAUCUCAUGUGGGAUCUUAUCAAUAAAACUCUUUGACUCGUGG